AUGGCUCACAGCUUCACUCAGGAGUAUUUUCAGAUCCCUGUGGUGACCCGAGCGUACACGACGGCCUGCGUCCUCACCACUGCUGCCGUGCAACUUGACGUCAUCUCCCCCUUUCAGCUCUACUUCAACCCCGACCUCAUCAUCCGCAGAUACCAGAUAUGGCGUCUGAUCACCAGCUUCCUGUUCUUUGGUUCUCUCGGAUUCAGUUUCGUGUUCAACAUCAUCUUUCUGUAUCGAUACUGUCGGAUGCUGGAGGAAGGUUGUUUCCGGGGAAGGACGGCAGAUUUUGUUUUCAUGUUCCUGUUCGGAGGAGUCGUGAUGACCCUGCUCGGUCUGUUGGCCGACGUCUUCUUCCUGGGCCAGGCCUUCAUCGUCAUGCUGGUGUACGUGUGGAGCAGGAGACACCCGCUCAUACGCAUGAACUUCUUCGGCCUCCUCGACUUCCAGGCCCCGUUCCUCCCCUGGGUGCUCAUGGGGUUCUCGCUGCUGCUCGGUAACUCCGUGGUGGUCGACCUCCUCGGCAUCAGCGUCGGCCACAUGUACUACUUCCUGGAGGACGUGUUUCCGAACCAGCCGGGAGGAAAGAAGCUGCUGACGACACCGGAGCUUCUGUGA